AUGGGAUACUUUCAAGACUUGCCCGAAUUGAAGAUUUUACAUCCAAAACUGUUCAAUGUGAAUUUGCCAAAAUUGAAGAUAUUACGUAUAGUCAACACCGGUAUUCUACAUUUACCAAACCUCAACAAUUUACAAACGAAGUCGUUAUUACACAUGAUAGAUUUAGAAAACAAUGCGAUCGGAUUAAUUCGAUCACGUGAAGUGUUUGUUCAAGCAGAAGAACUAGUUUUAAAUUAUAAUCGCAUAGUAACCAUCGAAAGCUACGCUUUUAACGGAUCUGAAAUUGCGAGACUAAAGCUCAGAGGAAAUCGCGAAUUGGUGAAUCUAGACUCCAAGGCAUUUGCUGGAUUAAAGAGUCUGCGGCACAUAGACUUAUCGGAAACAAAAAUUACAACUUUACCAACAGAAGGUCUGCAUGGGAUUGAAGUGUUGCGAAUACAAGAAACUGAAUCUCUACAAGAAUUUCCAUCAAUUUAUAAUUUUGAAUAUAUAAAAGAAGCGUGGUUGACUUAUCCAUGUCAUUGUUGUGCAUUUCAAUUUCCACAAACACAUAAUCCCACAUACCAUGCAAAACAUAAAGAGUUCGUGCGCCAACUAGAAGAAUUUUGCAGCGCAAAUAUCACACAACACAUGAAGCGCCAUAUAUUGGAUUGGCAUCCAUUAAAUGAUAGUGGAAUAGACAAUUUUAACAGCAAUGUCGAUGAUGGCAUGUAUGAUCAUUGGGAUACUAAAAAAUUUCCCUACUCAGAUGGAAUUUGGCAUGACAAUCCAGCCGAACAAAUAUACAACACAAAAAAUGAGCUUCCAUUUAGAUCAAUUUUAUGUGGAAAUAUUUCUAAAAAUUAUCGUGAUGUCAAAUGUGUUCCAAAACCAGAUCCAUUUAAUCCAUGUGAAGAUUUAAUGGGAACGUGGUGGUUACGUAUAUCUGUUUGGAUUGUCGCACUAUUAGCAAUAUUUGGUAACAUGGCAGUUGCAUUGGUGCUAAUCACAUCGAAAUUUCGAAUGUCUGUUUCAAGAUUUUUGAUGUGUAAUUUGUCGAUUGCGGAUAUGUGCAUGGGUUUUUAUUUACUGUUGCUGGCAAUCAUUGAUGCGAGAUCAGUUGGUGUUUAUUUUAAUCAUGCAAUUUAUUGGCAAAAUGGUUAUGGUUGUCGAAUAGCUGGUUUUAUAUCUGUAUUUGGAAAUGUUUUGUCUAUAUACACCUUAGCCGUUAUUACUUGCGAACGAUGGUACACAAUUACUUGGGCAAUACAUUUAAAUCGUCGAUUAAAACUUCGAAGCGCAAUGAAAAUAAUGCUACUUGGAUGGAUUUAUGCUUUUGUAAUGGCUGUUUUGCCAUUAAAUGGUAUUAGUAAUUAUUCAAAAACUAGCAUCUGCUUACCAUUGGAACAUCAUAAAGUCGCUGACACAGCCUACUUAAGCACACUUCUUGGAUUCAACUUCUUAGCUUUUUUAAUAAUUUGUAUUUGUUAUGCUCGAAUGUACAGCUCCAUUAAAGAUGAAGGUCAAGGAAUUACUGCAAUAACGUCUACAUCAAGAUCCGAUUUUACUGUAGCCAAAAGAAUGGCAUUAUUGGUGUUUACAGAUUUUGCUUGUCUGGCACCAAUUGGAUUUUUUGGUUUGACAGCAUUGGCUGGAUAUCCAUUGAUAACAGUGACACAAACUAAAAUUAUUCUAGUGUUCAUUUAUCCGUUAAAUUCGUGUGCAAAUCCGUAUUUAUAUGCCCUUUUAACGCAACAGUAUCGCCGUGAUUUAUUCAUACUAUUAGGACGGUACGGAUUGUGUAAAGAACAAGCCGAUAGGUGUAAAGGUGCUAUCGGCGGUGUUCCAUUACCAAAAGGUUCUGCAAUGCAAUAUAAACGACGUAGUGGUAGAGACAGUACGAGAAUUCAUAGAUCAAAUAAUAUUCAUCAACAUCCAUGCACAAUGAUGUCUAUGGAAAAUUUACGCAGCUAUUCAUUAAAAAGUAGUCGACCAACUUCAGUGACUGUUGUGCCAGAAUUUAAUUUACACACUUAUAAGACUGUCAACUAUAAUUUUAGAGAAUUUGAGCAUGUUUGCCAACGAACUUGUCACGAACAUAAUAAAGAGAUGAACUCUGCUAUAAUGUAG